UACUUACUCUACAUCUAAACAUGUCUGGCCGUGGCAAAGGAGGCAAAGUAAAGGGAAAGUCAAAAACCCGUUCCAGCAGGGCCGGACUUCAAUUCCCCGUCGGUCGUAUCCAUCGAAUGCUCCGCAAGGGAUCGUACGCAGAGCGCGUCGGUGCCGGUGCCCCCGUCUACUUGGCUGCCGUCAUGGAGUACUUGGCCGCUGAGGUCCUCGAGUUGGCCGGUAACGCCGCCCGUGACAACAAGAAGACCCGCAUCAUCCCUCGUCACUUGCAAUUGGCCAUCCGCAACGACGAAGAGUUGAACAAACUUCUCUCCGGUGUCACCAUCGCUCAGGGUGGUGUUUUGCCCAACAUUCAGGCCGUUCUCUUGCCCAAGAAGACCGACAAACCCGCCAAGGCUUAAACUUCUCCCGUCUUUUAAUAAACGGCCCUUUUCAG